AUGGUUAUCGAAAAUCAAGCAAUGGACUGUCAAAAUGCGUCUACGGAUACUUCGCCUAUCGAAGAAAAAGCUUAUACACCUAUAAAACGUCAGGAUUUGUCUUAUACUCCAGCUACUUCAGCUCCUUCUUUGACAACAAAUACUGACGCGAACCAGUUGUCGCUUAACGUUGGCGGUUUAAACUCGGCAUCCAAGCCUCAACCUCUGAGGGAACAACUCGACGCUGCCGCUGAAGACAGGCUAAAUUACAUCGAAGUUCGCCUCUCACUACCUUCAAGCAAGGUCUUCUUUUUAAAGAGCCAUUCCACGAAAAGUAUAGAACUCUUAGAGUUAUUGGUAAAGGCGUUUUUGGAAGUAAGUAGGAAGCAGAAUGGUUAUGGAUUUGGGGGAAAGACCAUGUCCAACAUGAUUAUUGAGAAAGGAUACAUCGAGGAGACUCGAAUGAAGAUUUACUUCAAGGAGGUCCUAUUGGGGCUUGAAUACUUGAAAUCUAAAAAUAUCUUGCAUCGCGAUAUAAAGCCAGGAAAUAUGAUCCUUGGGCGCGGCUCGGGUGGUCGUAUUAUGAUAGCAGACUUCGGCUUGGCAGACAAUUUGAUAGGUGGCAAAAGAAAUAAGAUGACCUCAAGAAAAGGAACACUUGUUUGCUAUCUUCCUUUUGAUUGCGCUGAGCUAGCGGGUGAUGAUGAAAAGAAGAAGAAAAAUACGAUUUUGAUGAUCAAAAACGACAAAUUGUUCCUCGAUAUAGAGAGGGGCCCGCUGGGUCAACCUAUCGGUCAAAAGUAG